AUGCAAAAAGCCCCAAAGAACAAUGUUAAUACUUUGGCGCUCGUCUUUGAUGCUCUGUAUUUGGAGUCAAUUGAAGAAAAUGAAGUUUAUCUGCCUAAUGAUGAGCUCUGGAUCUAUGAGAUGGACAGUGGGUUGUGGACAAUGCACCUAAUGGAAGGAGAGCUACCUACCUCCAUGUCGGGGAGCUGUGGGGCAAGCAUUAAUGGGAAGCUGUACAUUUUUGGUGGAUUUGAUGAUAAAGGAUACAGUAAUCGGCUAUAUUAUGUUAAUUUGCGAACAAAAAAUGGAACCUAUAGGUGGAAAAAAAUUACAAAUUUUAAAGGUCAACCUCCUACACCACGUGACAAGCUUUCCUGCUGGGUGUAUAAGGACAGGCUAAUAUAUUUUGGUGGCUAUGGCUGUAGGAAGCAUAAUGAGCUGAGUGAUUGUUUUGAUGUCCAUGAUGCAUUUUGGGAAGGACAGAUAUUCUGGGGAUGGCAUAAUGAUGUCCAUGUUUUUGAUACCACCACACAAACUUGGUCUCAGCCAGCAAUUAGAGGUGGAGAUCCACCUCAGCCUCGAGCAGCUCACACAUGUGCUGUGCUGGGAAAUAAAGGUUACAUCUUUGGAGGACGAGUGCUGCAAACUAGAAUGAAUGAUUUGCACUGCCUGAAUUUAGACACUUGGACUUGGUCUGGAAGAAUUAAUAUCAGUGGAGAGAAACCAAAAGAUCGGUCCUGGCACACGUUGACUCCAAUAGGAGAUGACAGACUUUUCCUUUUUGGUGGACUAAGUUCUGAUAACGUUCCUUUAAGUGAUGGCUGGAUUCACAGCAUUACAACAAACGGAUGGAAGCAGCUUACCCAUUUGCCUAAGAGUAGGCCUAGAUUGUGGCAUACAGCCUGCCUUGGGAAAGAAGGAGAAGUGAUGGUGUUUGGUGGAAGCAAAGAUGACUUGCAUUUCAUGGACACAGGUCACUGCAGUGAUUUGUUGAUCUUCCAGACUCAGCCUUACUCACUCCUCAGGUUGUGUCUUGACUGCAUCGGUAAAAACGCAGCUCUCUUAGAGAAUCAAAUACCGUGCUUGCCAUCCAAACUUCUGCAGCAGGUGCUGAAAAAAAUCACGUUCUGGGCUGCGGUCAGCCACCGGCAAGAGAAGAAGGCCGAGACGGAGCGGCAGAGCCAGCUGAACGGCACAUGAGCAGCGGCC